CUCACUCUGCGCGCCACCGGGGAAGGUGGCUCACAGCCAUGGCCGCGGCGAACCCCUGGGACCCGGCUACCGCGCCAAACGCUGCUGGGCUACUGCUGGGCCAUUUCAUUACAUCGGAGUUGGUUACUGAGGAAAUGUUAAAUAUAUCUAAGAAAUCAACUUCUUGCUUUGUGAACUUCUCCAGACUACAGCAGAUCACAGAUAUUCAAGCUGAAAUCUACCAGAAAAACCUGGAAAUUGAACUCCUAAGCCUAGAAAAAGAUGCAGCAGAUGUUGUCCAUCCUUCCUUUUUGGCUCAGAAGUGUCAUAGUCUGCAAAGCAUGAAUAAUCAUUUGGAAGCAGUGCUAAAAGAAAAGCGGUCCCUCAGGCAAAGACUGUUGAAACCCAUGUGCCAAGGAAACUUGCCUGUUGAAGCUGUUUAUCACAGAUACAUGGUGCAUUUGCUGGAAUUGGCAGUAACUUUCAUUGAGCGAUUAGAAGAUCAUCUUGAAACAAUUAGAAAUAUCCCUCAUUUAGAUGCAGAUCUAAAGAAAAUGAGCACAGCUUUAGCAAAGAUGGAUAUUUUGGUGACUGAGACAGAAGAACUGGCAGAGAAUGUACUCAAGUGGCGAGAACAACAAAAGGAAGUUUCCUCUUAUAUCCCCAAAAUAUUAGCUGAAAAAAAUUCUCUUCAUAAACAUGAUGUUAUAGUGCCUCCUUUACCUCUUACUUCUAAAGUUAAUGUUCAAACUAUUAAUGCCAAGUAAUUAUCAACUGUUUAUUUUUAUUUAAUUAUAUGUAAUUGUGUGAAGCCCAUUUCUAGGCAAUUAUAACACAGGUAUUUAUAGACUUUGCCAGUAGUCAACCUGAAAGAGCCCUCUUUAUAUUGAAAUACUAAGAUUCCAAGUUCAUUAAGACAAAACUGAAUUUUCUUUUGUUUUCCAUGUAUUUUUGUUCCAGUUUUCAGUAAAGCUCAAAUGUAAGUAUGGCAGUUUAUUAACAUGAGUGCAUUAACCAUAUCUUAGGUAGCAGACUUUAUUAUGUUUUUUAAAAAUGCAUGUUUUUGAAUUAGAAGAGUCUAGAAUCUCAAAGUAUGUUGAUUAUUCCUGUGGGAUUGUCACUAAGUGUGCAGAAGAAUAACAGCAGAUCAGACUUCGAUCCUUUGAAAGGCCUGGUUGAAAAGUUGGACCUUGGCUGGCAUCUGGAAACUUAGAUUCCAAGAGGCUUCCUUCCACUCUUGUCAGUUAGAGUUGCUUUCUGUGACUAAGGUGUUUGUACAGUGUGGUUUGUGUUAACACAUGCUUUCUUCCCGGGAAUCUAGAAUUUGGAUCUAUGCUAGGCAGGAUGUACCUAUGUGAAUAGCCCACAAUAACAACCCUGGCACAGCUUGUUUGUUUUGUAUUGAUUUGGCCCUGCUGUGUGGCUUGUGGGAUCUCAGUUCUCCAAGCAGGUAUUGAACCCGGGCUGUUGGCAGUGAAAGCAUGGAGUCCUAACCACUGAGCUGGAGUUCCCUGGCGCGGUAUCGUUUGCUUCUGUUUGUUUGUUUGUUUUUGGCACUGCAUCUUUAAUGAGGUUUUAUGGUAGACAACCUUUCACACAUGGCACAAUUCAGUUGCUGGAGGAAUUAAGCACAUCCUGUGGGACUCUAUUGGCAAAGGACUCUGGAAGUUUGUGCCUGCUUUCCCCCCAGACUUUGCCCUGUACACCUUUCGCUUUGCUCUUCUGCUCUGAAUGCUUUUGCUGGAGUAAAUCAUAGCUAUGAGUACAGUGAUGUGCUGAGUCCUAUGAGUCCUCCAAGCAUCUCAUCAAACCAGGGUGGCAAGGAGAGAGGUUAUGGGGACCUGACAUGUGAAGCAGUUCCAGAGGGUAUUCACUGGCAGCCUUAGAAACAGGCCAAAAAGCAAAGUAGAGCAAAGAAAAGAAAAAGGCACAUUAUGGUAAAACUUUGAGAGGUUUUACCUCACAAAUUGCUCAGAUAUUUUACAUAUCAGAGUUUGUUAUGCAUACAAAAGAGACUGGUAUACUAAGUCUUAGGAUGUAUUUAUUUGUAUCAGGAGUAAAACUACUCUUGGCUUCUUUUCAGACUUAGGGUUCUCUUUUGCUUUAAAUGUAUGCUUCAGUAUUUUUAUGCUGUUGCAUUCUCUAUCACCGGAAUUCACUCAUCCUUGUAUUCAGCACACUCUUAAAGACAAGAAGACCUCAACAUAGUGGAUGAGUUAAGUAGUUGUCCAUAAGGAAACAGUAUCAUUACCCAAAACUAUCCUGCUAAAACAACAUGUUUUGAAGCCUGUUUUGCUGACCGUUGCAACUGGGGUAUAGAAGAGUUGUCAUAAUGUCUUGAAUAUUGCUGAACAUUGCCUAGACACUUUAAGCAAAACUUUUAGUUGCAUUUCAUUAGAAAUCCGUUCAAGCCCAUUCUUGGUUUCAAACAUCUUACUAGGCAUUUUCUUCAUGUAAUUUCAUAUAUGUAUAUAUGAGGAUAUAUAUUUUUUAUGUCACAGUUAUUGAUAUAUAUGAUUUAAGUAUUAUUUUUGUCUUUUUUUUUGUCUUUUAUGUCUUUUUCAAAAUAAACCUUUAGUUUCUAACUAAAA